AAAUUAUUGCUUUUCUUGUCGUCAACUUUGCGAUAUUAUAUCCAUCAGAAUGGGGUUUACAAGCAUCACAACAUUUUUGUUGCUUUUCGUGACUUUCCUGGCGGUGGUACAUCAGUCAGAAACCUGGUGGAGUCGCAGAAGUAGUAGCAGUAGUGGGAGUAGUAGUGGGAGCAGUGGCAGUAGUGGUGGAAACAGUGGCAGUAGUGGGAGCAGUGGCAGUGGAGGAAGUUUGUGGCAAAGAUCAAAAGAUUAUGUCACUGGAUUUAAAAAUGGAGCAGGAGAUAUGUAUAAAGCUUACACAGACAUGAGAGAAGCCAACUGGAAAGACUCUGACAAGUACUUCCACACAAGGGGAAAUUAUGACGCCGCACAACAUGGAACUGGCGGGAGGCAUGCAGCAAAGAUCAUCAGUGAUCUACGUGAAGGUUAUGGCUGGCUCAAGGGUGAUAGUGCCGCAGACAGAGCCGCUGACCAAGAAGCUAAUGAGCAUGGCCGCAACGGAGGAGAUCCGAAUAAAUAUCGCCCAGAGGGACUGCCGGACAAGUACAAGAGAUAGAAAAUGUUUUGACUUUUGAGUUACAUGGAGAAACUUUUGCACUGUAUACAACUUUUUGUUAGAACUUGUUUAGAUUAUCUUUAGAUUUGUAAUAUC